GACGUCAAGGAGUUCACGGGGCCCACCUGACCCUCGUUCGCCCUCGCUCGACACACGAACACAGACACACUCGGAUUAAGAAGGAUAUGGUAAAAGGCAUUCGAUUCUUUUCAAAGGGGUUCCUUCUACUUCAACUCUGGCUCCUGUUUUCCCUCCGCGUGGACGCCGCUCCGAGGACCUCCAGACAAGCCAACCGCUGUCUUCCUGGAUCAAAAUGCACUAUCCUGACGUCCUGCCCUGACCUGCUCUCGGUCUUGGAGAAUCCGACGCCUUCAGGAAUUAAAGAGCUGCAGCAGUCAACAUGUGGCUUCGUUGAGAGGAUACCUAAGGUAUGCUGUAGAAACCCCAUCCCUGGAGCCCCCCGCCCCUUAACCCCUGAAGAUAAGCCACCUUCACCCACCUCCCCUCCGUCAACGCACCCACAAACCACGCCCCCCGCCCUGGAAGUCACCACGCCCCCCGCCCCGGAAGUCACCACGCCCCCUGCCCCGGAAAUCAUUACGCCGACGAGCCGACCUCCCGUCCUCUUCCCUGGCCGGUCGCUGCCUGCUGAAGAGAAGGGGCUGGACCUACUUCCCGAAUACUGUGGAACCUCACCUCUGGGACUAAGAAUCUCAGGGGGGAAAAAGGUUCGGUUCGGAGCCUUUCCCUGGAUGGCUGUACUUGGAUUCGAUGCUCCCGGAAGUGACCCAAAAGGCGACGUCAAGUGGGGUUGUGGCGGUUCGCUUAUUAACAAACGCUAUGUCCUCACGGCUGCCCACUGCACGAUGCCCAGUUAUAACGAAAAACACGUCCUGAGCAAAGUGCGGCUCGGAGAACAUGACCUGAGGGCGGAAAAGGACUGCAGGAGAGCGGGAAGUGGGGCGGAAAUGUGCACACUCCCCCCACAGACAUUCGGCAUUGAGGAAAUGGUUGUUCAUCCCGCUUUCAACCAAAGAGCACCUGAGAGUGAUGAUAUUGCGUUGCUGAGGUUGGAUAGAGACGUGGAUUUUGAGAAUCCUUUCGUGCAGCCUAUAUGUCUCCCGACUGAGGACAUGGACCCGGAGAAGUUCGUGGGAGAUCGCGGGGCCAUCAUAGCAGGCUGGGGCGUGACCAAAUCGGGUUAUAGUUUGGACAGGCUUCUCACAGCCACCGUUCCUUACGUUCCUCUGAAAGUGUGUAGGAAGAACUACCGUAAUGUGCUGUUGAAGGAGCAGCUGUGCUUCGGAGGCGUCGACUUCAAGGACUCCUGCAGCGGGGACUCCGGAGGACCUCUCUUCCAGGCCAAGUACUCAGGGGCGCCGCACGUUCAGCUUGGUAUCAUCUCCUACGGCUACAAGAACUGCGGGACAGAAGGAGUAGCUUCAAUUUACACCAACGUAGCUUCGUACAGGAAAUGGAUCUUGCAGAAUCUGAAACCUUAAACUCAGUCGAGUCCUUGCAGAGAGUUGGAUUCAAAGUACGACAAGGUCUUGAAGAUGAAAUGCCUUAAUAUAUUUUUCUUUACUAUAUUCUAUUACAUUAAGUACUGUGAUUCUGUAGAAGUAUAUACUGCUUCUAUACAUGGCCUAUGGCGUAUGUGAUAUAUAUGUAUAUUCAUACUGUGAAUCAAAAUAUUUAUCUAUUUAUUCUCAUAUACUUAGUGAGUUUAAUUCAUUAUUUAUUAUCACUUGCAUAUGAUCAUACUGAUUUCGCUUACGCUACAUUAAUUGUCAUUGAAUCGAUUAUCUAAUUGUAAGGAAAGAAGCCUCGCUUGCAUUCCAUACUAGUCAAAUCAUAACUAACUUUAAUUUCGCCCGAAAAAUCUUCAUUCUCUUCAGUCUCGAGAUAAAUGAAGAUAUGUACAACUGA